GUGACGUCGGUGCGCCGGAGCUUGGCGCAUGCGCUCUUCCGGCGCUCGCCAGGCCCCGCCCCUCGGCCGGACCGGUCGGAAGGAGGCCUGCGCCCCGCGAGGUAAGCCGCGAGGGCGCCCCUGGGCAUGUGCAGAGCGCCGCCGGGAGCGGGCAGGGGGCGCUGGAAGGACCCCCGGGCGCGGAGGCGGAGGCAGGGCGCCGAGGGGGCUCCGGGCCCGGCUCCGCCUGGGCGCCCCUUUCGCCUUCCGGCUCCGGACUACAACUCCCAGCAGCCCCGGCAGGCCGGCCCCGCAGGGGGAUCAUGGGAGUCGUAGUCCGGAGGCCUGCAGGGCCCGGGGGCGGAGGCGGAGGAAUCCCCCCUCGCCCCAAGGAGCCCGCCUCCUCCGGGCGCGACACGCCCAGCCUCCGCGGUCCCGAUCCGGGGGCUCCGUCGGCGGCAAAGGAUUGGGCCCCUGGGCCUGACUCUGAGCCGCCUCGAGCAGCAGAGACCAUAUGAUCAUUUUCACUAAUGUUGCCGUGAUGACUAGCAUCAUUAAUUAUUUCAACCCAUAUGACGACUAUAAUUAUUAAUUAUAUUAAAUAUAAACAAAUUAUUUGUAGGCACAGCUCAUCCUCUAGAAUAAAAUAGCUUACUAGGGAAAUGCUGAAGCUGCCCUUUGGGGUGCCUCAGGGUCAAUUUCUAUGGUAGCCCAAAUCUCAGUUGUACGGGUGUAUGUAUAUAUCUCAAUUUUAACUCAUGAGCUUUUGCUGCAAUCUGCUCUGAUUGCAUAUUUUAUUUUUAUGAAUGCUGUUUUUAUUUGUGUUGUGCAAGCUGGUCUUUGACCGUAAUAAAUUAUCUAAUAUAAUUAUAUUAGUUAUAUAUUAUUAUUAUAAUUAUUAAAUAUAUUAAUUACAAUUAUUAAUUAAUUAAAAAACAACUGUGCACAAAUGAAUUCUGCGCGAACCCCACAAACUGUAGCAAUGAAAGCACCGUUCUGAACGCCGGCUGCUGGGCAAGGCGAGAGGGCUGUUGUCCCCGCGGGCGCUGGGUUGGCCGCUGUGGGUCUGGGCCAGGGCGGCAUUGGUUUGGCCUGAUCCAGGCCCCCUUGUGUGCGGCAGGAUCCGAGCUCCUUCCCCAAAGAGCCAGCUAGGAUGGAGAGCAAAGACCUGGAAGCCGAGAUCCACCCGCUGAAGAACGAGGAGGGCAAAGGUCCCGAGGGCCUGGCCAACUGCACCCAGAAGGAAGCGGCCCCCAAGAAGCUCAAGCGGCUCUCGCGAUGGCGCACGGCGGCCUUCUUCCUCUCCCUCUUCCUGUGCCUCACGGUGGUGUUUGCCUUCUCCUUUAUCAUCCCGUGCCCAGUGAGGCCCAUUUCCCAAAGGAUGUGGAGCAGAACUUACGAGGACGCAGGUGAGUGCGUGGGCGCAGGGGCCGCAGCCGCUCCUGGGGGCCCACGGGUGCUUGCGGCCCAUCGCUGAAGCCCCCCAUUCUGGCCUCUUUGCAGCAACCUACGCGUUCCUGGCCAUGCAGGACGUCAACAAGGACCGGGUCCAGGAUGUCCUCUUUGCCUUCAAGGCUGCCAGUGCCGGCAGCAACAGCACAAACAGCUCUUGCUCCAGCCAAGGUGAGGGUUCCUGGGGCUUGAGCGGCUCUGCAGAGGCUGCUCCUUGGGGGAGAGAGGGGAGGAGGCCGCCGGGGCUGAAUGGGCUGCUCCUCUUCCUCCAGGCUUGGCCUCCCCCUGUGCCUUCCUGGCCGCUCAUUCGGGCACCAACGGCAGCACGCUCUGGCAGAGGCCUGUCGCCCAAGAGCUCCUGCUGAUGGACUGCUCCGGGGAGCAGGAUCACAGCCCAGCCUGCCUCAUUGUAGGGGAGCCGGACAUCCUGGCAGCCAUCGACUUGGAGACAGGUAGGCAGGUGUCCAGCAGCCCCUUGCCCAGAGCGUCACGGCAAGAGGCUUGCAGGCAACCUUCCUGGGGCAACGAGGGGGUUGGGGGGGUUGUCUUGCCAAAGGCAAGGUGGUUCCUUUCAAAUGAGAUUCAUGAGCAAUACAAAGUACGCAAGUGAGUGAGAAGAUUAAAAAAAAUUAUUCUAAAACAGCAAGCAAUAUAUACCGUAUUUUUUGCUCUAUAAGACUCACUUUUUCCCUCCUAAAAAGUAAGGGGAAAUGUGUGUGCGUCUUAUGGAGCGAAUGCAGGCUGCGCAGCUAUCCCAGAAGCCAGAACAGCAAGAGGGAUUGCUGCUUUCUCUGCGCAGCAAUCCCUCUUGCUGUUCUGGCUUCUGAGAUUCAGAAUAUUUUUUUUCUUGUUUACCUUCUCCAAAAACUACGUGCGUCUUAUGGUCUGGUGUGUCUUAUAGAGCGAAAAAUACGGUACAUACCAAGCAUGCACUUAAAUCUGCCACUUGGAAAUCCUCAAGAAGCGGUGAAGCGACUCCCCCAGGUAGCCUCAGUUUGCAGGGCCCUGCGGCUGAUCAGUCCGUGCACGAGCUUCAGAGAAACUCUGCCCAAACUGUCCCAUUUUAUAGAUAGCCACCCCUUCCCAAUGCCUCACUUUCUCAAAACAAGGUCCAACAUCAAAGAAGGUACCCAUCAUUAUUUUGGGAUGCGUCCAAGGGAACACGGGCAAUUGGCAGGCCCCCAGCUGGCUCCAGCCCACCGGCCAGCAGCCGGGCGAACUCUGGUCCUUGGAUCAGCAUGUAACUGUGACCCGAGCUUCAGAAGCCGGGCAUGCAAGCCAGCAGAGAUAAGAACUCUUUGCAACGGAAGGGCAGAGAGAGGCUGUGUAAAGCGUAUUUACAGGCAUUUUAUUCAGCAUCAGGACAGAGGAAAAACAUGUCUGCUCCCCUUCGUGUCCAAGCAAACAGCAUAAGCAAAAGCUAUACACACAACGGAAGUUCCCAGCAGGCUGUGCUGGAAUGUAAACAGGCAUGUGACACACAGCAGUCAUGCCUGUUUCUCUUAAGGUGGAAUGGAAUAUCGUGACACGUCCUCCACAGCUGAGUAAGGGAGCUGCAUGUUCCCAGGACACUAAAGACUGUUCUCACACCAUCAAAAAACUGAACAAGAGGGAGGGAGGGGGAAGGGACAGAGGAGGCGGAAGGGCUCUGGGUCACCAGCUCCUCAAUACAUUUUGUCUUCCGGGUGCAUUUCUCCAUUCUCGUGAAGGAGUGGAACAGGUCUCGGUGUUUCGAUUUCUGGGAAUGGAGUUGAGAGAUUAUCUCACCUGGGGAGAAAACAGCAAAGACCUGAAGAAGAGAGCACAGCAGAGGUUAUAUUUUCCGAGAAGCCUCUGGAAAAAACAAUCUCUCAAAGGACCUGUUGAUGGCAUUUCACCAUUGUACUGCGGAGAGUGUCUGUGUGUGUGGUUUGGGAGCUGCAUGGUCAGGGGAAAAACAAUGCUGUCCAGGGUUGUAAAGACUGCAGAGAGAAUAACUGGGUGCCCUCUUCCCACCUUGGAUCAAAUCUAUUCUGCCAGGUGCCAUAAGAAAGCAGCAGAGAUAGCGCAGGAUUGUGCACACCCCGGAAAUGAUCUCUUUCAGCUUCUGCCUUCUGGAAGAAGGUACAGGGGUAUAAAGACCAGGACUAGCCCCCUGAGAAAGAGUUUCUACCCAAAUGCAAUUCUGGUUUUAAACGCAGUACAGUAUAAGAAGUCCCUAUAGGAGUAUAUUGUAUUUUAAAAUGGGGUUUCAGAGUUUUUAGGGGGGUUGAAUCUCUUAUGUAGAUUUUUCAAUUUCAUUGUUCUGCAUGGGACAAUGACAAUAAAGAUAUCGUAUUCUAUCGAGUGAGGAGCACCCAUCUCACUGACGGGGCACCUUUGCAUCCUGCAAGUGGGCUGGCGCUAAGUUAACUGGACGCAGCUUUGCUCUGGGCAGCAACAGUGAGAUUCCGUUCCACUCAGACAGACAAGAGAGCUGCCUGCUGGAUCAGCCCCAGGAAGGAUCAGCGACUGAGUGGCCACCUGAGUCUAAUUCCGUGAGCUCCGCUCUGUGAUUGGGUGCCAGAGCCUGCUCCGCUGCCAUCCACCUUUAUGCCAAAGCCGGGAGAGCAUUGGAGCUCCUGUCUUCUCCUCGCUGGCCCAAAUAGGACUAAUUUAGCCAGCUAGCCCUGGUGAUCAUAUAAUGUUUAUUGGAUGGAUUUUCCCCUUAAAUUGAUUUUUGAAUUUCUGAAUUUAUUGUUAUCCACGUUUUAUACUGUCUUUUAUGCUGUUUUUUGUUGCAUCAAUUAAGUGUUUUAAAUUUCUAUUCUAGCCCAUAUUCUGUGUUCCAAAACAGAAAGUGGGCAAGAGGGAAGGAAAGGCAGAGUUGCGGCCGAGAGUGUGAGUUGGCUGCCAUGGCCAAGGCCCCCAAAAUGCUGGGAACUGCGGUCCUUUGUCCCCUUCCUCCCCUCACCCCACGAGGCCCUUCCUUCCUGCUUAUUCCUCAGGCCAGACUCUCUGGAAUGAGGCUGCCGACCUCGGGCCUAAUUCGACAGUGCUGAGUCCAUUGCUGAAGAUCCCAGAUGUCAACGGAGACAGUACUUCUGACCUUUUGGUCUUCGCUGAGACGGGCGAGGAGGUGAGCUUAAAUAACCAUAGAUAACUAUAGCGAGGAAACUUGGCAUUUCUUCAGCAUUGCCAUGCAAGCCUCUUUAAGACUGGGCAGGCAGUGGCGGCGGCGGCAGGAUAGCUCAGCUUCCUCCCCAGGCGCGAGAAUCCCAUGGCCUUCGCUUGCUCUGCAGAUACAAGCCCACUUCUAUUCAGGGAAACAUGGCACCCAGAUUGGAUCCGUUGGGACCUUGCAUCUUCCGGGAAGAGUUGGCCACCUCAUGCAGGUCACGCCGAAGGGCUCCCACUACGUGCUGCUGUACACAGGUGAGUCCUUCCCCCUCUGGAGACAGGCCCCGUCUUGGCCCAGGAGAAGAGUCUUGGUCUCUGGAGAAGAGACGCUCUUUGGAGUCUGGUGAAGACACUGCUGCUUGGCUCACCCGACUCCCUUCCUCCCUCAGCAAAGGCCCUUUACGGCUACUCUCUGAAAGCGCUGUGCCAGAUGGCGUUCAGCUCUCCUGCCCACAGCAGCUCUGGUUUGACGGAAGAUCCACUCUGGGAGACGGCGAUCAACAGCGCCACGCGCCAAAUCACCUUGCUCAGGUACCGCUUGUAGGGCGGGAGGCGGGAUUGACCAUUGGGGGGCUUGGGGAGAAUACGUGGCGUUCAGAACAAGCCGGAUGGGAACUUGGGAAGAAGUAAGUUCCUAGAAAGGGCCACGUCUGAGAGCAGCAAGUGGGGUUGAGAGAGAGGUAGUGUUGCUGUGAGCCAAAAAGUCGCCAGUUCAGUUGGUGACCUUGUAUUAGGAAGCCCCAGUGCUUUUUUUCUUAGAAAAUGUUUAGGGGUACUCUCAUUUUGACUCAAGUUCAAACCAAGAGAAAUAAAUACGGUAAAUGGACAAAAGUACAAAGAACAUGCAUUACAGCGGGAAAGGAAGCCGCCAUCAGGGUGGUAACAACAAAAUGGACCAAUCACUGUGCUAGAUUCCAACUCCGACUUCACACAUUAAACACCCGCUUCCAUCUGAGACUCAGGAAACACCAUGACAGAAAAUGAGGCUGCCAUCGGAGGGAGUAGCAGAACUGACGAUUCACCAGGCUAGAGAAGAAACUAAAUUUUUUAAAUAAAAAUUAGUUUCUUCCCCCGUUAGAUUCACAAAAUGUUUAGGGGUAUGCGUACCCCCAGAAAAAAAGCACUGGGAAGCCUCCACCUGUAAUACGGAAAUACUGGCCCACCUCACAUGGUUGUUGUAAGUUCUACAGAGAAGAAGGUGCUUCUUUCCCUUUGUCAGAAGAGCCCGUCUUCUGGGGGUCAGGAGGGCAGUGGGGUCUCCUCCCGCCAGCCUCCCCUUGCCCUCAUUGGUGCCAGCUGGCACAAGCACCCCCUGAAGGCCCUGCUGAGCAACAACCAGCACUCUCGGUCCCUCCCUGUUUAGCACGGGAGAAAUCCGCUACCUGACAAAGAUGCCUGUGUCUUCGAGCGCCGAUUUUCUGGUUUCAAGAUCGAACAUGCUUGAGCUGGUGGACGGGCGGCACUUGGGCUCAAUGUGGGUCACAGAGACACCCCACAUCUUAAGGUAAGGGGUGCCAGCUUCUGCCAACAACCAUGACCUGUGGGGUCCGACUCUGGCUUGUGCCUCGUCCUCAGGCACAGGGCACAGGGAGAGUGGCCUUAGCUGUGACUUCGCACGGGAGGGAGAAGGGAAAAGGAGGACAGGCCAGCCGGUAGUUUUGCCAUGCGUGAGGCUCUGAGCUAUUAAUUAGAGGUGGGCUUCGCAGCCCAGAGGAAUUCGCCAACGGUGCUUCUGAGCGCAAGCAGAAUGCCCAAGGGAAGAGAAGGGCUUAUGCAACUGGGAAGGGAGGAAGAAAGGAAGAUAAAUAGCGGGAAAGAGUUAACCGGGAACAACUUUCUGUGUAUGUACAUAAAUUGCAAAUGUGUCAGAUUCUGCAAUAGUUGGUAUGAAAAGAGGGAGGAUGUGAAUAUUUCACCCCUCCCAUUCUAAGACUCUCAUGAUGCUUUCAGAAAGGAGGGGGCGGAAUCUGCUCAUCGCUUCUUCCGCUCCAGCCUGACUCUGUGGGAGUCUGAGUGUUAUCUGUGUAGAGAUAAGAUGACUGCAUAAGAAACUGUAACAGUCAUGCAGUCCCGUAUCCUCCAUUAGUUUUUGGUUUAUAGUUUAUUUUAGUUUGCAGUAGCUGUAAAAGAAUAAAGAAGUUAAGCUUCAGAGCCGUCGUUCAUGCAAUUCAUACUCUCCUGUACUCAGCUAACGUUGGUGCUGAGGUUGGUCUCACAGCUCUGAGUUGUGAGUCCAUUGCACUUAGAACUGCUCUCCCUCAGUGGAAAGUCUCUGGAAGUGCUUCCCAGCUCGCCUGGCCCAGUCGGGGCUGAAGAGGUUGAGCCCAGUCAUUGGCACCGGCUCAAAGGCGAAGCUGACAGUUUCCCCACAGCUUUCUGGAGAUAAAUCCCUUUCUCCGCUUCCCUUCUUAACCAACAAUUUCUUCCCCCUUUUCUGGAAGGGUGGGGUGGAGGAGGGAGAGAUCCGGUGUGCCAGUCAGGGCUGCUGAAAACGGCUCGUUCAGCCCCUUCUCGUCUCCCUCUUGCAGUGAACCUGUGCUUGGAGCCUACAGGCCAGACGAGGUCGACGUUAUCGUUACGAGCAGAGACUCUUCCGGGAAGAAGGUUUGUUUAAAGGCCCACAGCCACAUGGAGUCCCUUGCAGCAAAGGCAGAGUUUUAUGAGCCGUUUCUUUUAUCAAUUAAAUUCAAAUGCCGCCUUCAUCUGAGGAUCGCAGGGUGGUUUACAGCAAAAAAAAGAGCAGCCCUGAUCAGGAAAGUUUUUAAUGUCUGGCAUUUUAUUAUUUUUUAUAUUUUGCUGGAAGAUGCCCAGAGUGGCUGGGGAAACCAGCCAGGUGGGCAGAGCAUAAACAAGAAAAUUAUCAUAAAAAUGCACAGCACAAUAGCAAGCAAGAACAAUGCCUUUGGCCUCCUGGGGCCCUGCCCCCCCCCCCAAUUAAAAAGGCCAUAGAGGAAUGUUUUUGCCUGGUGUCAAAAGACACAUGAAGCAGGCGCCAGGCAAGCCUUUCUGGGGAGAAGACCCCACAAAUGAGAGACAACGCGAAAAAGGACUGUCUCUGUGUUGCCACCCUCCAGACCUCUUGUGAAGUAGGGGCAUGGGGCACAGAAAGAAGGGCCUCGGGUGACAGUCGCAGGGUCUCGGUCAGUUUGUAUGGGGAGAGGCAGUCCUUGGGGUAUUGAAGGCUUUUAAACCAGUGCUUUGAAUUAGGCCCCAAAACUGAGUGGCAGCCAGUGCAGUUGGGCCAGAGUUGGCAAUCCGUGCUCAGACCGCCUUGCCCUGCUGAGCAUCGUGCCACUGAAUUCUGCAGCAGCUGAAGUUUCCGAAGCAUCUGCAGAGGCAGCCCCAGGUGCGCCACAUUGCAGUAACCUGACCUGGAGGUUACAGGAGGACAGAUGACAGAGGUUAGGCUGUCCCAGUGCAGGUGGGGGCGCGGCUGGGCCACCAGCCAAAGCUGAAGGAGGCCCCAAGCGACAGCGGUGCACCCAGGAGGACCCCAGGUUGCGUACCUGCUCUUCAGAGAGAGUGUCACCCCCCUCAAAAGCGCCACCUCCCACCCUCAGGACUUUGGUGGCUCCUUAAAGAUGAGCAAAUCUGCUGAAGGAGGGUCCGCUUAAUCAGAUCCGAAGUGACGCAUUUUUUAGGUGUGAUGGUUAGGCUUGGUCCUGGCCUGCCAUGGAGCAGCCUCUGGGUGCUGAGAGCCUUUGCCUCGCCCAGCGCCCCGUGGCAGAAGCGCCCGGAGGGGCUCCUUGGGGGCAGGGGCUGUGGAGAAGAGCGCUGAGGACCUGAGAAGGCGGCACCCUCUAAGGUGGGCCUCUUCUCCACAGGUCAUGGUCAUGGAAGGCACCUCCGGCGACAUCGAGUGGGAGGCCAGCCUACAGCUGCUCUCGGGCGCUGACAGCCCCCGGCCGGCCACCCUGUCCACCCUCGACCGCAGAUCGGUCUUCCUCUUCUGGGGCCUGUACCAGAGGGACGCAAACGGAACGGUAAGCGGAGGGUGGCUGUAGCAGGGAGGGAAUGCAAAGAAACUGUUCCUUCUGCCAGCUGGCUUUGGACAGGGGGAGGGGGGCUAGCUGAAUGGAAUUUGCCUUUAGGAAUCUCUAGCUCAGUUCGUAGAGCAUGAGACUCUUAACCCCAUGGUCGUCGGUUUGAGCCCCACGUUGGGCAAAAGAGUGGACUUUGCAUGCAGUUGGACUAACGACCUUUGUGCUCCCUCCCAACUCCACUGCAAUUCCAUGAAAGCCCUCUGAACCCCAAAAGGAGAACACCAGCCUUCCCACAUGUCUGGCUUUGUGUGCCCGGGGCGACAGUCACACUGGCACAGAGUUGCCCCGGUGCCCCUGCCCCUCUCCUCUGCCACCUCAUAACAGAAUCGCCUUCCCUAAUUGCCACAACCUUGCCAGCCCACCUUUCAGGCAGGGAAUGCGCUGCCUCUGUGUGUUAUGGGGGGUCUUGCUGGCGGGGCCUGCUCUGCGCAGUUUGCCCUUGCCUGGCGCCUGGGCUGCAGCUCUCUCUUCUCUCUUGGCGCCAGGGGUCCUGGGAUGGCGCCCAGCAGCAACUGUACCUGUUCCACCCCGCCUUGCCCAAUGUCCUCCUGGAGACGAGCAACGUCACGGAGCACAUCGUGGCCUUUGAGGGUAAGUCGGUGUCAUGGUCCGGUUCACGGGCAAUCAAAGUCCCGGCAGGGGACAUCAGGACCGGGGGCAAGAUGGCGGGGUGGGAGCAGGAACGGGCGUCCAGAAGCCAGGAGUCAGGAAGUCAAGGGUCUGAGGGUCAGGAAGCAAGGAGUCACGAAAUCAGGAGUCCGAGGAUCAAGAAGCAAGGAGUCAAGAAGCCAAGGUUCAAGGAUCAGGAAGCCAAACGCAGCAAGGCAGGAAAUGAGUUGCUGUGGCAAAGAGCCGAAGGGAAAUGCUGACCUUAUAACCCUUCCCAGCUCUUGCCACCAGGUGCUGUGAGUUACCUCACCUGUGUGGCCACGCCUUGCCUCUUCCAAACAAACUUAGGAAGGCCCCAGUCCUGCAGAGUCCUAUUGGCCCUGGCUCCUGCACACACUCCUGACAGACAGGGGCCUCCCCAUGCUAGCUGGGCAGCUGUGAGAAGGAGGAGGCUGCUGCUGCUGCCUCCCCCCUCAAUCCUUCACCCUCUUUCACUUCCAGGGGUGCUCUUUGAGCGGAGCCGCCACGCCUGCUACGUGCUCCUGACGGGGCCCCAGGUAGGGCAGGCCCCCGGGCAAGUGAUGCUGUCGAAGUGGAAGCUGAAGGAGGCCAUCGCCGGCAGCCGCGUGAUCUGGCUCAACCAGGUGGCGCAGAACAGCGAGCAGAGCGUCCGGGAGCGCUUCCUCAGGAUGAGGUACCGCAGCCCCCAGUGAGCGCCGCCGGCAAGGCUGGGAUGCAGGGAGAGGACGACCCCGGAGGACCCGAGGCCGGCAGAGGCUUCCCGCAGUGCCAGAAGGCAGAGAAGAGCCGCCGCGAGGCUGACGAUGGGCAGGGCUGGCAUGGCAGGAGGGGGCAGAGGCGGCCUUCCCAGCGCUGCUCCUCGCCCGCAUCCAGGGCCCUUUCCCUUGGGGAUUCCUGCUGCAAAGGCUCCCUCUCUCUGUCUUUGUGGAGGCCUGGAUUGGGGGGCAAGCAAGCAGGCGGCCCCUUGACUGGCACUGGAAGGCUCCCCCACCAAUGGACUCUCCUGGGGGGAGGAGAGGGCUCUGCAGCCCCCACCUCACUGGGGUUGAUGUCUGCAGCCCCCACUCCCUUGGCUGCCCAGCUCCUCCCUCCCUCGCUGCUGCCUCCACCGGCUGGGAGCCAGGGCCAGUCGCUUGGGGCUGGGGGCCUUGAGGGCUCAGUGGGACCCUGGCCUGCAGGGCUCAGGGGCAGCAGCCUGGGGGCGCGGGGGGUGCUCUCCCUUGCUCCCCCUUCCCCAGGCGCCUGCCUUGCCACCCUGCUGGCCUUGGCUUCAGGGCCCACCUGGCGCAGGGAGGAGGAAGGGGGUUGGGUGCUUUGCAAGGGGAAGGGCCUGAAACCUGCCCCCCACAGCAUCCUUUGCCCAGGCGGCCCACCCCCCACUGCCAGGACUGGAACCGACGGGGCUGCUUUUCUGCCUUCGGGGAUUUCUCGAAGGUUUUUCCUUUGGGCUUUGGUGGUGGAGGUUUCGCACACAGGGCCACCUCUUGCGCCUGAGGAGGCGGGGACGUGGCCAGCUCGCUGCUGCUGCUGCUGCUGCUGCUAUUGUGGUUUCAAUAAAUCCUGGUUCCUUGUCCACAA